UAUUCUUCUUCUCCCCCAAAGAAAAAAUUUCAUUUGGGCAAAGGUGUAGUUCUUGGGGGCAAAAAGAGAAGAGAGGUAUUGCAAGGUUCCACAAAUGGAUCUCUCGUAGUAGAAGUUGAUUGAUUCAAAUUACUCGUAUCCUCGAAGGAACGAACAAUCCAACGAUUGGGUUGCAUACAUUUGGGGAUUCUGUUGAAAAGCCUCUAUCUUGCAAGAUUUAAAGCACAGGAGAAGGUAGUGUUAUUGAGCAACUCCUCAAGGACAUGGAAUGCAAUAAGGACGAAGCCUCAAGGGCAAAAGAAAUUGCUGAAAGGAAGGUUACUGAAAAAGAUUAUAAAGGGGCAAAAAAAUUUGCCCUUAAGGCUCAAAGUUUAUAUCCCCAGCUUGAUGGUCUGAGCCAAGUGCUGGUGACCAUUGAUGUUUACAUCUCAGCAGAGAACAAGAUCUGUGGAGACGCUGAUUGGUACGGUAUACUUGGUGUAGAUCCCUAUGCUGAUGAUGAAUCAGUGAGAAAACAGUACCGGAAGUUAGCUCUUAUGCUCCAUCCCGAUAAAAACAAGUGUAAAGGUGCAGAGGGUGCUUUUAAGCUGGUUUCAGAAGCUUGGGGUCUACUAUCUGAUAAGUCUAAGAGAUUAGCAUAUAACCAGAGGAGGAGUUUAAAGGACGUUCAACCGAGGUAUCCAGCACAGAGUGGGAUUCCAUCACGCCAACCAACUUCAAAUGGGUUUCAAAAUGUAAGAAACAAUGUAGCUUCAAGUGCUAGGGCUAGAACCAAAGGCAAUGCCCAUGUCUCAUCAUCUUCUUUCGUUUCUUCGAACCAGAAGACGAGUACCUUUUGGACGAUGUGUAACAGAUGCAGGACACAGUAUGAGUAUCUGAGGAUUUAUCUGAACCAAACAUUGCUCUGUCCAAACUGUCAGGUGGCUUUUAUUGCCACAGAGAAAGCUCCACCUCCAACUGUUUUGCGGCCGCCCAAUCUCUCGUCUCACCAACAGCAUCCCAGUGCCAAACACCAAGCAGCAGACAAGAACACGUAUAAUACCUCUGGUAGAGAUUCUUCGCAUCAUCAUCAUCCGUCCGUUAGCCAGAAUUUUCGAUGGGAUUCUUUAUCGAGAAUGGCCGGUAUAAACAGCGGAAAAGCUCAAGCUCAAGCUGCCAGCGUAGUUCGACAGGCACAUGAGAGGGUUAAAAGAGGGUUUGAGGAGUCACAAGAACAUGAUGCUGCUAGAAGAAUGGCGAACCCUGCUCUCCAGGGAGAUAGGAUUUUUAAGAAAUCGAGGCCAGAUGAUACAGAUAUGGAUAGUUCUUGUGCAGGCAGUUGGGCAAAUCAACCUAGUGUGGGAACGGGAGCUAGGUUUACUGGUUCGUCUGACCACCCUGUUAAAGGGAGUACCAAUGUGCCAAACACGAGUGUUUCUGCGGGUUUCUCUAAUACGUUUCACAGAGUAUUAUUUACAGAGGAUAUUCGGAAAGCGCUGAAAAGCAAGGCUUGUUCAGAAAUUUCUAAGAAAUUCCAGGAGCUGAUCUCUGAAACCAAAGAUGAGGAGAAAAAAACUGAGAGGGAGAAAAAAGGUAGCAAGGUGAGUAGUGAGGGAAAUGAAAGCGAGAAAAAUAGCAGGUCACCUGAUAUCGAGGAUGUGGUCCAUGUUCCGGGUGUAGAGAAUGAUGAACCAGUCACGAUUGUUGUCCCUGAUUCUGACUUUCAUAACUUUGAUCUGGAUCGAUCUGAAAAAUCUUUUGAAGAAGAUCAGAUUUGGGCUGCUUACGACGAUGAUGACGGAAUGCCUCGGUUUUACGCUCGCAUCCAAAAGGUGGUUUCUUUGGAUCCAUUUAAGAUGAGAAUUAGCUGGCUUAAUUCGAGAAGCAACAGUGAAUUGGGUGAUGUAGACUGGAUAGACUCUGGUUUCACUAAAACAUGUGGGGAUUUUAGGACAGGGAAAUAUGAAUUUACCGACACGUUAAACUCCUUCUCCCACAGAGUUCAUUUCACCAAAGGUUCAAGAGGGGUCAUCCGGAUCUUCCCUAGAAAGGGCGAUGUAUGGGCAUUGUAUCGAAACUGGUCCUCUGAUUGGGACAGCGAUACUCCGGAUGAUAUCAUACACAAGUAUGACAUGGUGGAAGUGCUUGAUGGCUAUACCGACAAUGAGCAGAGUGUGACCGUGACUCUUCUGGUCAAGGUACCCGGGUUCAGGGCGGUUUUCCGGAAAAGCAUGGACCCAAACGAUGCGAGGAAGAUUCCAAAGGAAGAAAUGUUUAGAUUCUCUCACCAGGUCCCGAAUUAUGUUCUGACCGGCCAGGAGGCAGAUAAUGCUCCGACGGGUUGUCGGGAACUAGACCCGGCUGCAACUCCUGUCGAGUUCCUUGCAGAGAACACAGAAGUCAAAGAGUCGGAAGCGAUGGAGAAUGGAACAACACCUGACCCUUAGAAGACAGAAGACAGGAGAUGGCUGGCUGUGUAGAUUAGGAUGGAAGUCUGGUAAUAUAUAUAGUAAAGGUUUAUGAUGGAGGGCGAAAAAAGCAGAGAGGGUUUCAUGAUCAAAACAACUGAUUAAGAUUCAUUACAGUUACCCAACGAAAGCAGGUCUUAAUCUCUUGAUUCCCUUGAAUUUUGUGUCUUAGGUGAUUGAUUCUAAGACUUGAGUUGACCCAGGCGGCGGCAGGAUCAUGUUCCUUUUUUGGGUGCAAGAACCAUACCAGAAAUUUGGCCGAAGUAUGUCGAUUUUUGUCAAUUGUACGAGGUUCUUGUUUUCUUCUUUUUUGUUUUCUCACAGGCCAAAUGGAAAUCCUGGUUGAAGGGACGAAUAUAUAAAGAUUGGACAAUGGUAACGAAGCUGAAACACCCAUCUCUCUGUUUAUGCUUUUGUCUUGGACUAGCGUUAGAUGAACCAUGUAGCUCGAUAUCGAUAUAUUAGAUGUUUCAAUUUUUUUGUCA